GCCGAGCCAAAAAUUUCGGCGACAAGGAAGCCACCGUCGACGGGCAACUUGCGAUGUCGACAUGGGCUGCCGUUAGCCUCACACCCACCAGCUCGCCAAUUCCAGGCUCUUCAGGCGACUUAUAAUCCCUGGCCCAAAUCCACACAAUGCUUUCAAGACUAGUCGCACAGUCGGUGCGGUCGCCCGCGCUUCAGAGCGCAGCGAGGCGGCAGACUCUUGGCCUGGCAAGACCAUGGACCCGUGGCAUGGCCAAGAACAGGCCACAGCCCCCGAAUCAACCCGGCCAGUCCGGCCAGUCCGGCCAGUCCGGCCGGCCCAGUCAGCCCAAGCAACCUAGCCAGAAGCCCUCAAAACCUGCAGCUCGACCAGUUCAACCCGCGCAGUCCGCUCAACCUGCUCAGUCCGCUCCCGCUCAGCCCACCCCGCCCCAGCCAGAAACCGACGCAUCCGAUACGGCUCCCGCCCAGGAGCAGUCGAUCCCAUUCUCGUCCCUCCCCGACAUCACAAAAGGCCUCCCGUCCACAUUAGAGUAUGAGAUGGCCGGCGCGGCAAAGGCAUCGCGCAUGGUCUUGGAGGGUGUGGUCGACACGGAAGGGGGCGGGAGAGGCAAGGGCGAGCUGCCGUCGUCAGCCUACGUCUCGUCGUCGGAGCGCAAAAGGCAGGCCAUGGCCAAGUACUUUUUCUACUCGUUCCUCAUCGGCACAGUAGGCGGCGCCGUCUAUAUGGGCCGCAACUGGGACGACGAGGAGGAGCGGGCCCGGUUCCCGGACGCCCCCGACGGCUGGGGCCCCCUGCUGUGGUGGAACCGCGUGGUGGCGCGGCUGGGCGACACAGUCAACUAUUACCAGGAGCCCGCGUUCGAGAAGCUGCUGCCGGACCCGGACCCCAUGACGGAGCGGCCCUACACGCUGUGCAUCAGCCUUGAGGACAUGCUGGUACACAGCGAGUGGACCAGGGAGCACGGCUGGCGCGUCGCCAAGCGGCCCGGCGUCGACUACUUCAUCCGUUACCUGAGCCAGUACUACGAGCUGGUCCUGUUCACCUCUGUCCCCUACGGCAUUGCCGAACCCCUCUGGCGCAAGAUGGACCCCUUCCGCUUUGUCACCUGGCCGCUCUUCCGCGAGGCGACCAAGUACAAGGACGGCAAGAUCGUCAAGGACCUUUCAUACCUCAACCGAGACCUGUCCAAGGUCAUCAUCAUCGACACGAACCCAGACCACGUUAGCGCCCAACCCGAGAACGCGAUCUUGCUCCCCAAGUGGACUGGUGAACCCAAGGACAAGGACCUCGUAGCCCUCAUCCCGUUCCUCGAAUACGUGCACACCAUGCAGUACCCCGACGUGCGGGUGGUUCUCAAGUCGUUUGACGGCAAGAAGAUUCCCGAAGAGUUUGCGCGGCGUGAGGCUAUUGCGCGCCAAAAGUUCCAGGAGCGGCUCAAGGCGGAGAAGAAACAACACCCACACAAGGGCCAGGGUCUUUUCGGCGCCGUCGGCGGCGCCUUUGGCCUGAAGCCCAGUAAGAUGAGCGUAAUGCAGCCCGUCGACGGCGAGGAGAGCAUAACGGAGGCGCUGGCGCAGGGCAAGAUGCUGCAGGACAUUGCGCGCGAGAGGGGGCAGCGUCAGUACGAGCGCCUCGAGAAGAUGGUGCAGGAGAACGGCGAGCAGUGGCUCAAGGAGGAGGCCGAGGCCCAGCAAAAGGCCCAGGCCGAGAUGAUGGCCAGCAUGAAGACGUCCUUUACCUCGUGGUUCGGCACCCCACCGGCGGGCCAGCCGGUGGAGAAGAAGGAACAGGAGAAACAACCAUAGGCGUCGGCUAGGUGAAGAAAUAAUCUCCACAUUUCUUAGCUAUCUACUUGACGCAUCGCAUGGGACUGGCGGCUGGGAAGGCGAACUCCUUUGGUCAUAGAUGUAUACUGGGUCCGGAUGGGCUGUGUAAUAUAGCUGUAGGUUUAACGGGGAGCUAGCACUCGAUCUGAGAGCGAUAUGAAGUGCCAGCCAUGCGCACACCUUGUGAGAGAAACAUCAAGGCUAUCGUGCCCGAACGGAAAAGAAUUGGACCAAGAAAGAGGAAAAAGAAACAGGAAAAUACAAAUAGGAAAAUAGGUAGGAUAGGAAAGCAAAAAAUUGGAACAAGAAAUAGAAAAAGAAACAAGAAAAAGAAAUAGGAAGAAGA